AUGGCCAACGGCUUCAUCGCCUAUCUCCGAGGCGACCAGAAUGCGCCUGGAGAGCGCAAGCUGGUUCAAAAACUCGACUUUUUUAUUUUGUCAUUUUGCUGUCUUAUGUACUUUUUGAAUUACCUCGAUCGCACCAAUUUGAACAAUGCAUAUGUCUCUGGUAUGAAGGAAGAGUUGAACUUCAAGGGAAAUCAAUUGAACCAAAUCAACACUGUAUUCACCGUAGGAUACACCAUCGGCCAGGUCCCCUGCAACAUAGCCCUCUACUAUAUUAAACCGCGUUACUUCUUCCCAGCAUGCAUGGUAGCAUGGGCGGGCCUAACCAUGGCAACAGCCGCGGCCCAAAAACCACAAGAUAUCAUGGCCAUCCGCUUCUUCCAAGCAAUCUUCGAGUCCUCAACUUUCGUAGGAACACACUACAUACUAGGAUCCUGGUACACAGAGAAAGAGCUUGGGAAAAGGUCUGGAAUCUUUACUGCGAGUGGGCUUGCAGGCACGAUGAUUGGCGGGUUUAUUCAGACGGGUAUUCACAGUAGUAUGGAUGGGUUAAGGGGGAUGAGUGGGUGGAGAUGGUUGUUUGUAAUCGACGGCAUCAUAACCCUCCCAGUCGCCCUCUACGGCCUCCUCCUCUUCCCAGAUACCCCCCACACAACCCACGCCCCCUACCUCACCCCCUCGGAGCGCGCCCUCGCAAAAUCCCGCAUCCCCCCCGUCCCCCACCGCACCCCAAUAUCCCUCUCCUUCCUCAAACACUGCUUCAGCACCUGGUACUGGUACUUCUUCGUCGUGCUGUGGAUCCUCGCUGGCGAAACAGAAUCCUUUUCCUCAAACGCCCUGCUACAACUCUACCUACGCUCGCACCCUACGAAAAAGUACACCGUCGCACAAAACAACAACUACCCGACGGGUGUGCCGGCCGUGGGGAUAGCAAGCACAUUGUUCUGGGCGACGGUGACGGAUUAUUGGGGCGGCAGGAGGUGGAUGGUGGGGUAUUGGAUUGCGGGUACGGGCAUUGUUACGUCUGCUGUUAUGUUGGCGUAUCCGGAGAGUACGGCUGUGCAUUUUGCCAUGUAUUAUUGGGCGGGGAGUGUGUAUGCGUGCCAGGCUACGUUUUUCGCUUGGGCGAAUGAUGUGCUGAGGUAUGAAGAGGAUAGUCUAAGGGCUGUGGUGAUUGCGAGUAUGAAUAUGGGGAGUAAUGCGGUGAAUGCUUGGUGGAGUAUCUUGUUCUAUGGGGCGAACUUUGCGCCGUAUUUCACGAGGGGCAUGUGGGCUAUGAUUGCGGUUAGUAUUGCGAUGGGGGUUUGGACGGCGGGGGUGGUGUGGAUGCAGAAGAGGACGGAGGGGAGGAGGGGGGUCGAUGGCGUGGUGGGCGAGACGGUUGUGGGGAAGGGUGCGGUUGAGGGUGGUGGUGGUGGGUUUGGUCAGGGGGAGAAGGCGUAA